AUGCAUAUCCUCGCAUCAUCAAAGAACUCUUCUCUAUUGUUUGAAGGUAUACCGGAUCUUAAGUUCGGAGGUCUCCCGACUGCUCAUUUGAAUAUUCAUAAGAUCAUGAAAGUGAAUGGUUAUAAUGUUACAGAAUUCAUCAACACCGAUGGAGCUUUCAAUGUUACCAGGGUGGAUAUCCUAGAUGAGCCAGUGGAUGGAUUUAACUUCAAUGCUACCAUUACUGUUCGCAAUCCGAGCCCCUACAUCGUGGAGCUGGGGUAUGUGACAUUCAAUCUGUCUAUGGGUGGCUCAGACUUGGGCUACGUUGAUCUUCCCUAUCUAUUUUUGGACAAAAUCGGCACUACUACUGAAGUUUUUGGCUCGAUCAAUAAGUCAAUGUUAAUCCACGAGGCCGUGUUGGGUGAUGACGACUUUGGUUUUGUGACCAUCGACGUCAAGGGAACAGCUGCGAUUUCAACGGAAAGGAUAUUCCAUAUUUUGCUGCAGCAAUCAAAGCCGUUUCUGCGUCUGCAAGGCUCGACCUGCUGA